AAAGUGGUUUAUCCUAAAUUUUAUUUAUUAUCUUCAAUAUAUAGUCAGUAGUCUUUGCAUAUAUAAUAUUAAGGCAAGAAUUGAAGUUUGAUGAUAAAGAUUUAGGACCCACUGACAUAUUAGUUUAUGAAUGAUGCCUUGCAAAUUACACUCUGAUUUUGCAUAAUCAUGGCCAUCUAUCUUUCUUGUUCUUCUCCAAGAUAUCAAAUUGCUUGCAUCAUUUUCAUUGCAUGUUUAUCCUUAUUGUUCUUGCCCUUCUCUGAAUCAACAUAUUUUGAAAUAAAACAUUUCGAUUCGAAUGAAACAGAUAUAGUCUGUACAGGCGAUGCUGUAUAUUCCAAUGGUACCAUACACUUUAACGAAGUAAAUUUCCUCACUCGUGUUGGUCAAGCCAGGUACGCACAUCCGGUCCAGAUAUGGGACAAAAAAUCUGGAAAUCUGUCCGACUUCACCACACACUUCACGUUCGUCGUAAAUACAUUGGAUCAGUCAAAAUACGGCGAUGGGAUAGCUUUCUUUCUUGCACCAGUUGGCUUCCAGAUCCCACCCAACUCAGCUGGAGGAUUUUUGGGACUGUUUAAUAAAUCAGACACUGAUUCGCCGCGUAAUCAACUGAUAUUCGUCGAGUUUGACUCUUAUUGGGACGAAUGGGAUCCUCCGUAUGGUCAUGUGGGUAUUAAUAAGAACUCGCUUCGUUCGGCUAAUUUGACUGCUUGGAAUGCUAGCAUGCAUAGUGGAGAUUCUAUAGACGCUUGGGUCUCUUACAAUAGUAACACUCGGAUUUUGAAUCUGAUCUGGAGCUAUGGGGCCGAAAAUAUGAGUCUUUCGUAUCGAGUUGACCUCAGGGAAGUUGUUCCUGAGUGGGUGACAAUCGGAUUCUCGGCUGCCACGGGCACUCAAGUCGAGAAACAUACGCUUCAAUACUGGGAGUUCAAUUCAAGCUUGAGUACAGAACAGAAGAAGGAAGGUUCUAACUCAAACAAAUGGAAGCUGACAGUGGGAUUAACAGUCCCACUUGGUAUUAUAAUCAUCGGUUGCGUUAUAACGUGCACUAGAUUUUGGAGAAAGCGAAGAAAAAUUUCGGAAGAACCGCUUGAGACGGUCUCCUUGAAAUCCGAUGAUCUUGAAAGUGGAGUGGCUAAAAGAUUUUCGUAUAGUGAUCUCGCUUUGGCUACCAACAACUUUUCUGAUGACCGGAAGUUGGGUGAGGGUGGUUUCGGAUCUGUUUACAAGGGCUACUUGCCUUGCGAAUCCAUGGCGGUUGCUGUGAAGAAAAAUAUUUCACAGGGUUCUAAACAGGGAAAAAAAGAAUACAUGACUGAAGUCAAGAUCAAUAGCAGGUUAAGACACCGAAACUUGGUGCAACUUGUCGGUUGGUGCCAUGACGAAAAUCAGUUCUUGCUCGUGUACGAGUAUAUGCCAAAUGGCAGCCUUGACUCUCACCUGUUUGGCAAAAAGAUCACUCCUCUCAAGUGGCCUGUGAGGUAUAAGAUCGCUAUCGGGUUAGCUUCGGCGUUACUCUAUCUACACGAAGAGUGGGAGCAAUGUGUGGUGCAUCGCGAUAUCAAACCAAGUAACAUCAUGCUUGAUUCAGGGUUUAAUGUGAAGCUCGGGGACUUUGGAUUGGCUCGAUUUGUGGAACACGAACUUGGUACUCGAACAACUGUUUUAGCUGGGACUCUAGGCUACAUGGCUCCUGAGUACAUAUCAACAGGAAAGGCUAGUAAAGAGUCAGAUGUGUAUAGCUUUGGGGUGGUUGCAUUAGAGAUCGCAUGUGGACGAAAGGCGAUGGAUGGCUUAUGGAACUCUAAUGUCAGUUUGGUGCAAUGGGCCUGGGAUUUGUAUGGAAAAAGUGAGCUGCUUUCUGGUGUUGACCCGGUGCUGGGCUCGGAAUUUGAUGCUGAACAAGUUGAGUGUUUGAUGAUGGUUGGGUUGUGGUGUGCACACCCUGACUGGAGUAUGAGACCGUCUAUCCGACAAGCGAUUCAGGUGCUUAAGUUCGAAGGUGCACUCCCAAUUCUCCCGGUGAAGAUGCCUGUGGCCAUGUACUACUCGGGACCAGAUGCCAGCGAAGGCAGUUCUGCUGGCGCCACAUUCACCAACACUAGCGUUAAUCUAGAGCGUUGAACAACAAUAAAAGUAAAAACCAAAACUCGAAAAUUGUAACUGCAGCAGUUCAACUGUUUUCUUUGGCUUGAUGGACUUCCUUCUUUAGAUGAUGAAGCUAAAGAUUGCAAUUAUUUUUGAAGGGAACCGUAUCAAACGCAAAGCGUCAAUCAUUCUGUUCUUCUGUUUUAUUUAUUUCAAUUGUAACUUGUAGGUAAACUGGUUUUAUUGAAUUUAUUUGUAUUGUAUUUUGUUUAAUACCAAAUGAUAACACCAAUUAAUGUCUCCUUAGAACUUAAACCAAAAUCUUUGUCUCCAUUUUGGAGAUAAUAAUUAAACUUAUUUCAGAGCG